GUCCCCGGGCAGGCUGCGGGGCAAGGCGGGCUAGAGGGGGGCUCCGGGCUCCCCCGCACGCUCCCUGCCCCGCAGGACGCAGGGGAGAGGGUCCCUGCUCGUGCACAGACUCGAGAUGGGGGGGACCCCCUUUCCCCCCCCCCCGCAUCUGUCCCUGCUGCCCUGCCCUGAGGCUGACCCCAAAGCAGCCCCCAGGCCAGGGCUCGCACGGGCAAAUCCAGCCAAGGGGCCGAUUCCGGCCCUCUGCCCAUCCCAGGCUGCGCUGCUACAUCCAUGCCCACGGGCUCCCCAAGCCUCGGGACCUGCAGCAGCCCGCCGUGGGUCUCACUGCCCCAGCCUGGGCGCCCAGACCUGGCAGGGAUGGGCACAGUCUAAAUCAGUGAGAGUCGGGCAGCGCUAAAGUAUGAGUGUGAAUUGAAAGUGGAUUAACUAAUCUGGAUUAAGGCCCUGGCGGGAGGCUGUUCCAGAGAAAGGGCGGGCAGGAAUAGCUCCUCCCUAGCAGCAACUCCAGAAUCCCAGCCCUGGUACACAAGCUCAGGCCUGCCAGUCCCGGCUGCAGCGUGGGGUGUGGAGUUUGUUCUAAAGGUGAAUUUUGUAGCAGGGGCUAGAGCUGCUCCAGUGUCCCCCACCCCAACCGCUCAAAAACCAUCAGUUGCACCCUCAAAAAUGAUGAAAGCAAUUUAGAAAUAAUGAGACAUGAAAGAAGCACAUCGCUGGCGUUCUGGGACUAUGCCUUCUGGGGUUGGAGCCCCCAGGGACCAUCUUUUCAAGCUUUUCCCUGUAAUCACAAGAGCUGGAAACUCCCCCCUUUCUAUUAAUGCAAGCGGAGAGUCUCCCAGAAUCACAUGACUCCAGAAGCUGGGACUUAAAAACAAACAAACAGGCAGACUCCCAGGAGAUAGCAAAAAGUCAGGAGUUCUCUGCAGCAGUUGCCAGGUCCCAGCCUGCUGCCUCUGACCCCCAGGGGCCUUCUGUUGGGCUCGAGCCAGAGUGUAACAUGCCACGAGCUGUAGUCUCUGCAGCUUUUACACCUAUUGCAGUUGAGAGUGGCUGGGGGCCAGGGCUGUCUCUCAUCAGGCAAGUUCAAGAUAUGCAGCAGGGUUUUUUGUUUUUUUUCCACCCACUGAAUUUGUGAGCUUUUAUGUUCAAUGGCGGGGCUGAGCAGCCACCUUUGGAGCUAUGCAGGAGGAACCAGACUAGCGGCCGUGUUCCAACACAGAGGUGGCUGCCACUGCAGAGUGGGGAACUGAUUCUUGCUGUAUACGGUUGAUGAAGUGCUCUGGGAUCGGAGUCUGUAAGGCGCUGUAAGGAAGAUAGUUUCACGCCAACAAGCUGCUGCUGGGAAGGUUGGCUGGAGCCGGCUCCUCUGCAGCUGCCCGGUGUGGCUGCUGGAGACUGCACGGUGUGUCGGGGCUGUGCCCGCCCCGUAGGACGGCAGCGAGCAUGUCUCAGAAGAGCAGGAACCGGCGGGCACAUGGCGGGGAGGACACCACGGCCAGUCCUGCUGGCAGUGGGGAUACAGCGAGGACUAGAGCUGCCGCGGUGCCCCGUGGUCAGCUGAAAGGCAAACGGAAGGUCCUGGCAGAGCCCAGUGGGGCGGAGGCGUUGACCGUGGCUAAGAGGAGGAGGAAGGAAGGGGAAGCGGCGGAGGGGGGAGGAGCUGGGAGCCUGGGGGAAGCCGUGCGGCAGGCGCGGCUGCGGGUUGCCCCCUCUGUGCAGGAGUUCAGGUACAACAAGAAGCGAGUGCGCCUGGUCUCAGAGAGCUCCGACCUCAAGGAUGCCGCCAAGGGCGUUGUGUACUGGAUGUCUCGAGACCAGAGGGUGCAAGAUAACUGGGCUUUCCUGUACGCCCAGCGCCUGGCCCUGAAACAGCAGCUCCCUCUGCAUGUCUGCUUCUGCCUGGUGCCCAAGUUCCUGGAGGCCACCAUCCGUCACUUCAGCUUCAUGCUGAAAGGCCUGCAGGAAGUGGCCAAGGAGUGCCAGGAGCUGGACAUCCCCUUCCACCUGCUCAUCGGCUUUGCCAAGGAUGUGCUGCCUGCCUUCGUGACGGACCACGGCCUUGGCGGAGUGGUGACAGACUUCUCCCCGCUCCGCGUCCCCAUGCAGUGGGUGGAAGACGUCAAAGAGAGGCUCCCGGGAGAUGUGCCGUUUGUACAGGUUGAUGCUCACAACAUUGUCCCGUGCUGGGUUACCUCAGACAAGCAGGAGUACGGAGCCAGGACAAUUCGACGGAAGAUCCACGAUCGGCUCCCCGAGUUCCUCACGGAAUUCCCUCCCGUCAUCAAGCACCCGUUCCCGCCCACAGCUCCGGCAGAGCCCAUAGACUGGAGCGCCUGCCGCGCCAGCCUGCAGGUGGACUGCUCGGUGAAGGAGGUGAGGUGGGCGACCCCGGGGACGGCCGCGGGGCUGGCCAUGCUGGAGUCGUUCAUAGGUGAGCGGCUGAAAUUCUUCGGUACCGACCGGAACAACCCGACCAAAGCAGCGCUCAGCAACCUCUCGCCGUGGUUCCACUUUGGCCAGGUCUCCGUCCAGCGGGCCAUCCUGGAGGUGCAGAAACACCGCAGUCAGUACAAGGAGUCGGUGGAUGGGUUCAUCGAGGAGGCCGUGGUCCGGAGGGAGCUGGCCGACAACUUCUGCUUCUACAACAGGAACUACGACAAGGUGGAAGGUGCGUACGACUGGGCCAAAACGACCCUGAAGCUCCACGCCCAAGACAAGAGGUCUCACCUCUACGAGCUGAAGCAGCUGGAGGAGGGGAAGACGCACGACCCGCUCUGGAACGCUGCCCAGCUCCAGAUGGUUCACGAGGGGAAGAUGCACGGGUUCCUACGCAUGUACUGGGCCAAGAAAAUCCUGGAGUGGACCCGCUCCCCCGAGGAGGCCCUGAAGUUCGCCAUCUACCUCAACGAUCGCUAUGAGCUGGACGGCCGGGAUCCCAACGGCUACGUAGGCUGCAUGUGGUCCAUCUGCGGGAUCCACGACCAGGGCUGGGCCGAGCGGGCCGUGUUCGGGAAGAUCCGCUACAUGAACUAUGCCGGCUGCAAGAGGAAAUUCGACGUGGGGCAGUUCGAGCGCAGAUACGAUCCCCGCAAACUGGGCCAGUAGCCCUGCCGGGGGCAGCUCCUGCUGAAAGCAGGAUGGCUGGUGCUUGUGGGGGGAUGGGGGCGUUCUCUGCUGGGCCUUCCAACGUUUGCAUUUCCCCUAAAUACCAUUGAAACGCCUGAGCCUCUGAGACGAGAGCCAGCAGGGACGCCGCUGCCCAACCUCUUCCCUACAGGCCUCCAAGGCAGCGGUUUGGGCGUCAUGCCGGGAGCUGGGGCAGCCAGCCCAAGGUUUUCCCGGGAUGCCCCCAGUUUUCUCUGGCACAGCCCCAGAUGUGCCACCUCCCCCUACUAGCCGGGGACAGCUCAGCAAUUAUGGCAGCUAUAAAAGCUACUUUGAUAUUUUGAGGGGGGACAGGUUCGCCAACCACCCCAACUGCUGGGGGAGGAGAGACACUGUGCCUUUUCCAGUCUAGCCCUUGCAUGCAGCAGGUAGACAGGUCUGGCUCUUAGAGCUGUGGGAUGGAAACCAGCAGCAUUUCGCACGCCGGGCUUGUAGCUUAGCGCUUCUGAACUGAUUGCGUCUAGAACGAGCUGCUGGCUGACAGAGGCGGGGGAUCUCGGAGCAAAUCCACCGCUGCUGGCAGGGUCUCAGAUGGGAGCUCCCUGGCGAAACACACUGACUUCAACGGGCUGCGUUACCUCUAGGGGCUUUCCUGCCCCACCACAUUCAGACAUGGAGGCUUGUCUUACCCCAGGCAGCAAGCGAGCAGGGUUUUCAGAGUGACUGUUAAAAGCCCAGUGACUUGCAGCAGGGUCUGUGUCGUAAACCUUACCACACCCAGCCCUGGUGUCUGUGUCAUUCCUGCAGCAGUCAGCAGCGUUUCGAUGGGAUCAGAGGAAGACAAGAACUGGGGCUGCCCAGCCCUCGCCCUAAAGCUUAGCAAGCAGCAGCUCAGCGCGACGGUCCACCAGCCUGGGUCUGCUCUGACUGCCCGAGAUGCUCCAGGGAAGGGGAUAGUCGGGCACUGCUGGCCACCCCCAGCCGUUAGUGCAGUACGAGGCCGUGAAGCACAGAGGCCUAGACGCGGUCAGACCAGCACCCGUUUAUUCACAAGCGUCGAGUUUGUGGCGUGUUACUACGCGCUCUGCUUCGGUCCCGUCUUCAGAGCUCGCACCGUUACAAACACAGGUCUUUGCAUGUGUGUGUCUACCCCGCCGUAGCGUUUCCCCCAUCAGUGCUAACAUUACCCAGAACACUAGGGGGCGCUGUUGGGUCAAAGGUAAAGCCAAGAACAUACCUAUACAGCCUACCCUGAACCGCACAGCAUCGGGCCAGGGGUUUAAUCCAACUGGAAUAUUGACUUGCAGGUAAAUUAGAACAUCUCUUCCUGCAUCGCUGGGCUUUCUGGGCUGGUCACCCAUCCACAUCAUAACCAGGCCUGAUCCUGCUUAAUAACACACCUACAAGUUGAACCUCUCUAAUCCGGCACUCCCUGGUCCAGCAACAUCCAUAGUCUGGCAUAGGGGCUGGAGCACCCCUGGGGAAAAAUUAGUGAGUGUGGAGCAUCCACUGGCACCAAGCUUCCCCCUCUGCCCCCCCCUCCCUCCCACGCCUCUGUAGUCCCAGCCUGGGGCAGCGAGGGGCACGGACAGGGGUAAGGCUGGGACCAUAGCUGGGGGUGGCUGUGGAACCCGGAGUGAAGCCCCAUAGCCAGGACCCCGGGUCGGCAGCAGGGAAGCUGCUGACCAGGACCCUGGGCGACGGGCUGGCGACCAGGACCUGGUGCCAGCAUCAGAGCCCCUGGGUGGGGGGCCGGCAGCCAGGACCCUGGGUGGCAGUGGGACCCCUGGGCAGGGGGCCAUGCUGGGCGCAAAGCCUGGGGGUGCUGCAACACCCUCUGCACCCCUAUUUCCCCCACCUAUGGAGACCCGCUGGCACUCUGCAUUGACCUCCCGUGGUUCGGCAAAUUCUCUGGUUCGGCACCGGUCAGGUCCUGAGGGUGCCAGACCAGAGAGGUUCAGCCUGUAGUUCCCUGGUUUCCAGCAGCAAGUUGGCCUCGGUUUUUUUUUUACUUGUCCAUCACUGUGUUUCUAAAUUAAAGGAACACAAACAGCAGGUGAGGAGCACUCUGGGGAAGUCAGCACUGGUGCUUUCCUGGCUUUUAUGAGCAAGAUCUUUGUACUUCUUUCAGCCAGCUUGAAUAAACUCCAAUACAGUCGAGGUCAA